AUCUGAUCAGAAGGAGUUGGAGAGUCUGAGGCCGGAGGGACUGGAGGAGGAUCAUUCCCUGCACCCACUACUCCUCAGCUGCUGCAGCUCCUCAUUAGCAACUCAGUGAUCUUGUGAUUGGGUUUGAGCUCAGACUCAGCUGCUGCAGCUCCUCUUUCCAACUUCCCACAGGACUGACUGAUCCUCCAGACACAGGACUGAUCUGCCUGCUCCUCUCCCUGCUCAGACUACUCCUGCAGGACAUUGACUGAAUCUUCCCGGGGGCUGCUGUGAGUUAAGAGGGGGGCAGGGGGCGGGAGCUGCUCGUUUGCACCAGUGACACUUCUUAUAUGGACUGAAAUGGCCUCUGAUCUGGCGAUGAGCUCAGACUUGCCCAACAGUCCACUCGCCAUCGAAUAUGUCAACGAUUUUGAUUUGAUGAAAUUUGAGGUCAAGAAGGAGCCCCCAGAAGCCGAGAGAUUCUGCCACCGCCUGCCCCCCGGUUCAUUGUCUUCCACUCCCCUCAGCACCCCUUGUUCUUCUGUGCCUUCCUCCCCCAGCUUCUGUGCCCCCAGCCCUGGGGCGCAAUCCAGUGUGAACCCCAACAACCCCAACGCGGCCGGCAAACCCCAACUGGAGGACCUUUACUGGAUGUCUAACUACCAGCACCACCUCAACCCCGAGGCCCUCAACCUCACCCCAGAAGAUGCAGUGGAGGCUUUAAUUGGGAACCCCCAUCAUCAUCAUCAUCACCACCAGGGCUAUGAGAGCUUCAGGGGGCAGCAGUACCCGGGGGAAGAGAUGGCACCAUCUGGGCACCACCACCAGCUCCACCAUCAUCAUCAUCACAACCAUCACCUCAGGGUAGAAGACCGGUUCUCCGACGAUCAGUUGGUCAGUAUGUCCGUGAGGGAACUGAACAGGCAGCUCAGGGGCUUCAGCAAAGAGGAGGUGAUUCGUCUCAAGCAGAAGAGAAGGACCUUGAAGAACAGGGGUUACGCCCAAUCCUGCAGGUACAAGCGGGUCCAGCAGCGGCACAUUCUGGAGUCGGAGAAGUGUCAGCUCCAGAGCCAAGUGGAGCAGCUGAAGCAGGAGGCAUCCAGACUGGCCAAGGAGCGGGAUGUGUACAAAGACAAGUAUGAGAAACUGGCCAGCAGGAGUUUUACCCCCAGGGAAUCCCCCCCACAGGCCAAUCCUCCCAAAGCCUCCGCCGACUUCUUCAUGUGAAACUUUACUCUCUUGCCCCCCAUAACUAUCAAUAGUGAGUAGAACUGGACAAUCUCCUGUAAAUAGAGGUGUCACCCCUCCAGGUAAAACUUCUCUCCUUACCAUUAACUUAUUCAUUCUCCCCAAAACCUUACUCACCCCCCCUCAUGCAUUUAACCCAUUCACCAUCUUACUGGGACUCAAUUGUGGGGAAACCAAUGGGACUUUUUUUUUAAAACAAAAAAACAAAAACAUUUUCAGAACUUUCCAAAGCUCUUAAUCUUAACUGACGCCCUCCAGCCCUUACACAGACUUGUACAUACAAUAAGGAAAGGACUUUUUUUGUUGGGGGGGUGAGCCAUAUAACUGCCCCCUUACCCCAGUUAGAUGGACUGCUUAUUGAGCCAUACAUUGAUAAGGAAUAAAGUCUUAAUUAUUGGCAAGAUCUCCGGAGCAUUGGAAGGAGCCCCGAGAGAGAGAAUAGCAAUAGGAGGAGACGCUAGAGAUACUUCCAGUGAAGAAGAGACGUCUCUGGGACUGGGCCACACGACUGCACCCGGCACAGCGCAAACUGCACUUACUUUGGGUCUUUAGACGUUUUUAGAAAACCCUGCAUGCGGGUCAUGUAUGGAAAUCCAAAGUAGAGUCUUUUUGUACGAGUCUUAACCACAACGCAUGGUCUACAUUGUCCCCACCCUUUGCCUUUUUUCUUUUGCUCGUUUACUCCCCAUUUUCUCAACCUCUUUUUGUUUCUGCUGUAAAAUAACGAAUCUUGUGCAUCUUGUAAAGUGACUUGAACACUGCAAAGUCUUAAUACCCCCCCCUACACCCCUGGACUUGGCACGUGAGCUGACACUUUGUGCAGCUGGAGAUUAGGACUUUUACACUAACUAUCCAAGGACUUCCAAUGUCACCAAGGGAUGAGUGUUGUUUUUACUUUCUCCUUUACCCACCUACCCUGUCUCUCCUUAUUUAAACACAACCUGAGCCAGAUAAAAAACAUAUUAUUAUUAUUAUUAUUAUUUAUGGUGUCUAUUUGUACAUAGAAUUGUAGAGUUCAGUUCAUUUCAAUGCCUUCUUAUUUCUGAGCCUAUAUUUUGCUUGGUGAUUUAAAAACAAAAACAAAAAAGACAAAAAAUAACGAGAAGUCUUAAGUAAUGUAAUCGCAUGUAAAUCCUAUUUAAAUUCAUGUCGAUGAGCAGAAAAACUUAAUGCACUAUAUAAAGGAAUCAGCUGGAUCCAUCAUAAGUUUGUUUUAUAGAGAUUUAAUGAAAUUAUCUAUGCUGUUACAUUGUUGGGUAAUAAACGUACAUUCUAA